GCGCCCCCCGCGCGGAGCAGCGAGGUCGCCCAGAGCAGCGCGGCCGAGACGGUGGUUGUCUCCAGGUCGGAUCCCAGAGACGAGAAGCUAGCCCUGUACUUGGCCGAGGUGGAGAAGCAGGACAAGUACCUGCGACAGAGGAGCAAGUUCCGAUUCCACAUCAUUCCCGACGGCAACUGCCUCUACCGAGCUGUCAGCAAGACGGUGUACGGGGAUCAGAGCCUGCACCGGGAGCUGAGGGAGCAGACGGUGCACUACAUCGCCGAUCAUCUCGACCACUUUAGCCCCCUGAUUGAGGGCGACGUGGGGGAGUUUAUCAUUGCUGCCGCCCAAGACGGGGCAUGGGCUGGGUACCCUGAAUUGCUGGCUAUGGGGCAGAUGCUGAAUGUGAAUAUACACCUAACUACCGGAGGGAGGUUGGAGAGCCCCACAGUGUCUACCAUGAUUCACUAUUUGGGCCCAGAGGAUUCCCUAAGGCCUAGUAUUUGGCUCAGCUGGCUCAGUAAUGGACACUAUGAUGCGGUGUUUGAUCACUCCUAUCCUAACCCAGAGUACGACAACUGGUGCAAACAAACUCAAGUGCAAAGAAAACGCGAUGAAGAACUUGCCAAAUCUAUGGCCAUAUCCCUAUCGAAAAUGUAUAUUGAACAAAAUGCAUGCUCUUGAAAUGUCUGGAAACCUUACACCCUGGGAAAAUUGCAUACAUAACUUGUGUUUGGAGAAUCACGUGAACUCUAAUCAGGGUAAAGCACUUUUAAACUUCCUAGUAGAUUUGCUGUAGGUGUAAUGCCUUAAUCAUCUUUUUGAAUGUUUUCCCAGAGCUGAAGGUUGCUGGGCACCUAAAUGAUGUUUCAUGAUAGCUUUGGGUGAUUCUACUGCUAUUUAUAAUUUGCUUUAUAAAGUGAGCACUACUUAGUUUGCAAGCUAAUUUCUCACAGUGUAAAUUUGUUCAUUCCUGGUAGUCUAUUUUCUAUAAAAAUGUAUUUUUGCACAACAUUUUUAAAAAUUGGUGUACUUUCAUUUAUGAUGUGUUUCAUUUUGACAAACAGCUUUCAGGCCUAAAUCCAGAGAAGUGCUUUAUAUGAAGUUUAUUAUUUUGAAUAGAGUUUGUGAUUUAGUAGUUGUUUUAUGUUGUUGAAAUUUGAAGUUGACAAUUCUUAGGUAGUUAUUUCAAGUAGAUUUUGAUGCAUUCUUGUUACCAGAUGAUUGGCCCAUUCCAUUUUGAUGAAACAGAUUUGUUGUUUUGAAAUCAUUAUUUUUUUUAAGAAACGGUCAGUCUUUUAAGGAGAAAUACUUAAGGGAAGGUUGUGGAAAGAUUUUUUUUUUUUAAGGGAUAGUACCAGGUCUCACUUGAAUGAAAGUCUGAUAUUUGCUGAUGGCAGAGUGAUUAUUCUGUACUCUGGUUGAUGUUUAGAGUAGAUUGUCUGGUGCUCUCAAUUGUUUUUAUUUACAGUUGUCAUUUUGUUAUACAAGAAUUUUAACGUGGUAUAAAACUUUGUGAUGAAAUAGCCUCCUGCUUUAUUUAGCUUCUUGGAUUCAACUAAACAGAUUUAAAAACUAACAACAUAAAUGCCUGGAGCCAACCUUGGCAGUCUUUUCAUAGCAGGAGAAUACUGUCUUAAUAUUCCUUUUAAAUUCUUUCAAAAGGCAAAAUAGGAUUGCCCUGUAUUAAUGUAAAAAUGUCUUUAAACAGAGCUUGUAUGGUUUGCUGGGUCAAACAAUGUUUCCAACCUAAAAUCUAUCUCAUUGCCACUUUAACUACUUUUAGUCCUAUUUAUUAAGUAAUGCAGUUUGUACUUUUUUUUAUUUUGUAACAUUUUGUGAUUUUUUUGUACAAAACUGUAUUUGUACAAUAGAGCAAUUCCCAGCUGAUGGAAUGAAUGAAUAAAAUGCAAAAUUUUACUUUUACAA